AUGAUGCCGCCAGCCAAACCUAUACUGGAGAAGCUCUCAACGCCUGUCACGGCCAGCUUCCCGUCCGAGAUCACAUCGGCCUCGGUUGCAACGCCCCUAUCAGCCAUCCAAUUUCACCUCAAGCCGGAACCGGAAUACGUCAAGACGCCUAUCAGCCCACCCUCAGCUUACACCGACUUCUUGACCAAGGCCAUGUCCCUCAACUCUCCAGCCGUGGCAAUGUCGUGCGAAAACAAUUCCGAAGUCGAGCCUGCCUCGAGCACCGCCGUCGGCGACAAAUUGGAGGCCCCCCAGACGAGCGGGGACGGCCCCGCAUCCGCUGUAUCCGUAAAAAGAGGCAAGCUGUCGCUGCCAACAUCAGCACCUGCGAUUCCUUCAAGCCCGUACCCGUCAUCAGCCUCGACGUCGGCGCCCCCGAACAGCGCUGCUUCAUUCCCAAGCUUGAAAUUGCCUUCGAGCCCGGCGGUUUCCGGCUACGACUCUCCCCUCAGCGCUAGCGUCGUCAGAUCACCGUUCAGUGCGCGAUCGCUCCACUCUGUGUUCGACUGGGACGCAGCCCUGAAGGCUCGCUACGCAGACGCAAAGCAGCAAAAGUCAUCGAGAGCUAGCGUGCGACAUAUUCGAGAAGUCGUCACCAGGACUGUCACCUACACGCCUAGGAUGGAUCCAGCUCCGAAGGGCAAGCGGCGAAAGGUUGAAUAG